UCUGAGUUCAGCACAGUCACCGUAUGCUAAUACUGGAAAAUUGCUCACUAUGACUGAGUUUCUUGCUACGAACCAUCUUGCCAUUUCAGUUGCAGAAUCUCCAAGAUUCCUCUUUCUCAAUUCAUGCUCAACCCUUCUUACAACUAGACCCCAACUCAACCCAAAUUCCCAUGCCCUCUUUUCUCCCAAGCUACCCAAAACCGGUGGUAACAAGAGCGUUUCUGCGGCACUGAGCUCCAGGUCAUCAAGGGGUUAUAGCUUUUACAACGAACUUGAAUUUGACGACAGAAAGGCCAAGAAUUUUGGGUUGGAGAGAAACCCUGUUGACGAAGGUUCGCUUAGUGAAACUGGGUCUGUCCCAUUUGUUGGGUUGGAUUCUGGGGAUGGUGAUAAUAAGGAAAACAGAAAGAGCGAGAACAAUUUGGGAGAGGAUGAUUUGGUUCAGUUUCUGGGUGAUGAUGAUGAUGAUGGUGUUGAUUUGAAAAAAGAUGAUAAAGUUGAGAAAUUUGAUGGUAAACUCAGAUUCAGAAGUGGUAAACAGGUAAUCAAGAGGUCGAAUUUGUUGGCGAAGCAAGUGAUCAGCAUUCGCUCUGCUCUUAGCUUGGGAUUCAUCUCGCAGCUUUGGGUGGACACCAACUCUUGGAUGGUGUUAUUUGUAGAGGUGAGGCCAAACUUGCUUUCUGGGGAUUCAGAGAAAUUUCUUCUGGAGGAUAUUAGUCAGGUUGGGGAUGUUGUCCUUGUCCAGGAUGAAAGUGUGAUAGACAACGAAUUUAAAAUGGUUGGAUUGGAGACACUGGUUGGAUACAAAGUUUUAACGCCCUCUCAACGUAAUAUUGGAAAGGUGCGUGGGUACACUUUCAGCAUCAAUUCAGGUGCUGUUGAAGAACUUGAGCUUGAUUCAUUUGGACUAUCUAUCAUUCCAUCAAGUGUGGUGAGUACCUACUCUUUGCUGGUUGAGGACGUACUGGAAGUUCUUUCUGAUGCAGUUAUUGUGCAUGAAGCUGCUGCUUCACGUAUACAAAGGCUUUCAAAGGGUUUCUUGGGCAACCAGAAUGUGGGAAUUUCAGUGGAUGAUGAUGUUGAAGAUUACGACUCUGAACAAUCUGUGACAUAUGGUCGUGUUUCAAGGAGAAGGAAAAGUUUUGGAAGAAACAAACCCAAACGAAGAGAAUGGGAUAAUGAAGAUAAUUGGGAGCUGCCGAUGGACUACCUCUGAUUCUCAUAUAUUUUCUGCAGAAUUUCAUGUAAAAACACACCUUUUUCCUUUUUGGUGGUAAGUAGGCUUUCAUUUGUAUAGUUUCUUUCACUCAAUUUCUUUAGAUUUUUUAUUUUAUUUUUUUAUAUUUUGUUUAGCAAUCUCUUUAGCUUGUAUUGCCUAUUCAACUCUGAAUAAAUGUCCCGUACAUAAUGAUA